AUGAUGCUCAUCCUGUGUCUAGUACUUCUAUCAAAUGUUUUAUUAGAGGUGGAAUCAGAUAGUCGAGUGCGCCUACUAAACCACACAGAUUAUGUCAUCUCCGUAAUACAAGAAACUGUGAAACGGGUGGAAAGACUCGGUUUUUAUAAUUUGAAGAUUGAAGAAUUAUCUAUUACUAUUAAUCAGACUGUACUCGGUGAAAGAUUUGUAGGAGAGGCCAAGUUGAAGAAUGGAUUUGUUACAUCAAUUCAAAGCUGGGAUUUGAUUCAACAUACUGUUCAACAAGUAUGGCCGUCAGCAACUCCUGGAAUUGUUGAAAUCCGAUCAACUCUGCGUUUCAUUAAUAUGGAAAUUGGUUUUGACCUAGAGAUUACUACUGCAGAAGGAAAACAUAUCUCGACAGCAACAAUUAUUUACCCAGAGACACAGUUUUCAUUUACUAUAUCUAAAAAUCUAUUUAGAGAUAAAAUUUCAACGAAUGUUGUUAGUGUCGUGAUCAAUCCUAGAACUUCGUUGACACUGUUACCAGAGAAUAGUUUCACAAAACUAUUGCCUCCUUUAGAGGUUGUGAAGGAAAUUGAAAACGAGAUCCAUUGGUGCAACUUGAAAUUGGACGAUAUAAAUCAAUUCGUGAAUACAAGCUAUUACAAUUGGCGAGUUCUUGGUCCAGUGAACUAUACGAAUGGUUUUACGAUUUCUGUUCAAGAUCUUAGUGUAUUAAAUAUAAGAACAAUAUUCUCUACUAUAAAUGAAAACGGUAGUGAAUAUGGUAAUGUUUUCAUGGAGGGAACACUUAGACUUUCCGAUUUAAAAGUUGGUUUCGAUGUUAAAACCAAUUUCGAAGAUUCUGGAGAACAUCACUUCACCUCUGUACACGAGUACGGUACGACGACAUUGCUUUUGAGGUUGAAUCAUAAUUUACUCACAAAUGAAACAACAUCUGACGCCGGAAUUGUUUCCAUACCUAGACCUCGAGAUAUAAGAAAUGCUUACUUGCCAAAGAGCAAUAUAACGGAAGUUUUAUCAAGACAAGUCAUAUUGUCUUCGACUAAACAUAACGAUAAACAAUUACCGUAUACUUUUCUUAAGCCAUGGCUAGGGGAGGGACUUCUAACGAGCAAUGAAACCGCUAUACCUGCCACAAGGAGUGAGGGUAUUCAAACAAUAACUCAAAAAUAUUUUAAAUCCAUACACACGGUUGGCGAAGCUGUUGUUGAAAGAAUAUGCAGAGUGUGGCUUUAUUUUGAUCCUUGCUUUAAAUUGACAAAAACUGCAAAAGAACAAGAAACAGCUUUGAAAGAAUUGCAUACGUUCACCAAUAAAAUAAUAGCCGACAGGAAAGAAUUUAUAAAGAAUUUUGAUGUUACUAAGUACAUUGAUAGCGAUGAGUAUGAUAAUUCAAAGGGGAAAUUGACGAUGUUAGAUCUUCUUCUUGAAAAUGAAAAAACUGGAAAUAUUGAUUUGGAAAGCAUAAGAGAAGAAGUGGAUACGUUUAUGUUUGAGGGCCACGACACUACAGCCAUGGCGUUAUCCUACUUUAUUAUGGCAAUAGCAAAUGAACCCGAAAUUCAACAAAAAAUAUAUGAAGAAAUGGAGCAAAUAUUUGGUGAUUCUAAACGUUUAGCAACAAUGGCUGAUUUAAAUGAGAUGAGAUAUUUGGAGUGCUGUAUUAAGGAAUCAUUACGACUCUAUCCUAGUGUGCCAUUCAUAGCUCGAAAUCUGACUCAGGAUACUGUAUUAAGUGGAUAUACAGUCCCAGCAAAUACUUUUGUGCAUUUAUUUAUAUACGAUUUACACAGACGUCCUGAUCUCUUCCCUGAUCCUGAGAGAUUUAUUCCGGAAAGAUUCUUGCCAGAGAACUGUCUGAACAGGCAUCCAUACGCAUACAUCCCUUUUAGUGCUGGUUCCAGAAAUUGUAUAGGACAAAAGUUUGCGAUGCUCGAAAUGAAAACGGUUUUAUCAAGUUUAAUAAGACAAUUCCACAUAGAGCCUGUAACAAAACCUUCAGAACUGCGAUUCAGGACAGACCUCGUGCUGCGCCCAACUCAUCCUAUUUAUGUGAAGUUUAAAAACAGGGAAUAG